UCCAACCUGCUUCCCCCCCACCUGCCCCCUCCCUCCUCUGGCCUCCACCAGUAUGCAGACCCAGUUACGGACCUGCUGGAUCAGUGUGGUGUAUUCCGGACCCGGCUGUUCCGGGAAUCUUGUGUAUUCCACCAGGGCUGCUACGUUAAAGAUUUGAGCCGCCUGGGACGAGACCUCCACAAAACCCUCAUCCUGGAUAACUCUCCUGCCUCCUACAUCUUCCACCCGAAUAAUGCUGUUCCUGUGGUGUCGUGGUUUGACGACGUCGACGACGCCGAGCUGCUCAACCUUCUGCCUGUGUUUGAGGAACUGAGUCAAGCUGAUAAUGUUUACACCCAGCUGGACCAGCUUCGUGGACAUUAAGCUCUCAAUGGACCUGCUCAGCUUGAAACCUCCACAGCCACAACAGAACCGUAGAAUCGACAAUAGAUACUCGAGUCCUCAGGCGUCGCUCUCCUAGCCUCUGCACAAAAUCCUCUGUUUAGAAAAUUGCAUUAGCGCAUGGUGGGGGUUGUUGAGGAAAUUCCACGCCUGGAAAACACAAUGUGUUUGCUGAAACUAUAGAUUACGAUCUGAGGCCUUUCCUCUGAACCUCAGUGCUGAUUAUUGACAACCACUAUUAGAAAGAGCGGGAAACAACAACCAAAGCAAUCCCAUCACAAUCACUCCAGUUAGAUUUUUAAAGUGGUUCUUUUGCCAAAGCAGAAGCCUGCCUGCCCUGACUUGACUUUUCGACGUUGUUUUUUUUCCUUUAUUCGUGUGCCUUUUAAGGAACAACAACAAAAAAACAGCUCUUUUUUGAAAUUUCCACCAGAUUUUAUACAUUGAUUGAUUUCUUUUUAUAGGUUGUUUUAUAAGGAAAGCUAUUUUUAAACGGUGAACAUGGUUCCUCUAUGCAACCCAGUUCUGUGAUUACUUGGACAGUACCUCCUGAGUAGCCAGUCAAUAAUUGCAUUCAGCAGAUGUAAACAUUACUGUAGCCUUAUUUACCUGUAAAUGAGCAGCAAAACAAAAAAGUGUAUUUUACUGAUUUGUACUAUAAACAUAAUUUUUACAAAACAUGCAUCGUUAGUGUUCAGAUUGAUAUUUGAUGUAAGUUAAGUAAACAGGGUGAAAUCUUGUCUUUGUUGGUCCGUUGACAGCAGACACACUGGAAAAUGUCGGCACAUAGGACGACCGCAAAUGCCACAGUUUUCAGUCGACGUCUGAUAAAGAUUCAUUUGUAACUAUGUGUUUUCUUUUAUUACUAUAUGACAAACAACUUGCACUUGUUUUAUAUUGACAGUGCUGAAAGUAAAAACUGUGCCUUUGAAAUUCGGACAGAGAAUGGUUUUCUGCCUGAAAAGAGAUUUGUAGGCCUACACACUCUGAUGUGUCAUGCUGAGCGUGAGAAAACACUGUCAAGAGCAAGUGUAAUGCCAUGCGGCUGUGGUACUUGCAGUGCAACACUUGAAAAUAUCAAUUUUGAUUUUUUUAAGCAUGUGUGAGCAUUUUUUCUAUAUUUAUUGGCCAAAAAAUCUGUGUUGUCCAGCUCUUCUUAAGGCUUAACAUUUUGUAUUGUAAUCCAUUCGCCUUCUCUGAGGCUGGCCUUGUGUUAAAUAUCUGUGCCUAAAUAACACACAUUUUGCUGUCAUAGAUAAUUCAACAACUUAAGCAGUUAAAUCAAACACACAAAUAUGUACAUUCAAGAUUCAAUCAUGCAAGAAAACAUUUUCUUUUUUCUUUUUUUUUCUUUUUUAACAGAUAUUUUGUGGGGUUAUGUUUCCUGGGUAAUACGGUUUUUCUAUGAUGUUUAAUGUCUGAUGCAAUUAUUGCCUGCAUGUUAACUAGUAAAAUAUGACAAUGAAAUUGUACCAGUUGUGAUGACCAAAAGUAUUUGUUUAGACAGUCACAAUUUGUCUUUGUGUAUCAGAAUAAAUCACUCAUUUUGUCUGCCUGAUCUGACCAAAACUCUAAAAGACAAGGUGCUACCAGUUUUUAUUUUAAAAUAAAAAUUGGUUAUAUUA